AUGGCCUCCUCACAAACAACGCACCGCCUCCUCCGCGAACUAAAAGACUACACGAACUCUCCCAACGAAGCCCUCCUGCACCUCGGUCCCGUCGACGAAGACGACCUCCUCCACUGGGAAGCAGUAUUAAAAGGUGUUCCGGGGACGCCUUACGAGAAUGGGUUAUGGACCCUCUCCAUCCAAAUCCCCCCAACCUACCCCCUCACCCCGCCGAAAAUCACCUUCAAGACGAAAAUCAGCCAUCCCAAUAUCAGCUUCACCACGGGCGAGAUCUGUCUGACGUUGUUGACCACGGAGCAUUGGAGUCCGGUGUAUACCUUGAGUAGUACGUUGAGUGCGAUUCAUCAGUUGUUGACGGAUCCGAGACCCGAUUCGCCGCUUAAUGUCGAUGUGGCCGCGUUGUUGAGGGAUGGGGAUGUGGCUGCUUGGGAGAGUUUGGUGCGGUUUUGGACCGAGGAGGAGAGGGCUACUCUAUGA